CUCAAAUAGUACUACUCUUUUCUUUCUCUGUUGUAAUCAUCACUCUUAUUUUCUUUCCUGCGGCCUUGCUUGUUUUCCCAAGUGAACUUUCUAGGGUUGUAGGUUAUGCUAGUGUGAAUUGUGAUUCUAGCGAACAAAAAUGGCGAAGAAGAAGAAUCCUUUAGUUUUUAUGGAUGUGUCAAUAGAUGGUGAUCCUUUUGAAAGGAUGACUUUGGAGCUCUUUCCUGAUAUUGCUCCCAAGACAGCAGAAAAUUUCCGUGCCCUUUGUACAGGAGAAAAGGGUAUUGGAUCCAAAACUGGAAAACCGUUGCACUACAAGGGCUCCUUUUUCCAUCGCAUCAUUAAAGGUUCCAUUGCUCAGGGUGGCGAUUUUGUUAAAAGAGAUGGAACUAGUGGAGAAAGCAUAUAUGAUGGGAAGUUUCCAGAUGAACCACCCCGGCUAAAGCAUGAUGGCCCUGGUCUUUUAUCUAUGGCAAUUUCUGAUCGUGACACUGUUGGUUCACAAUUCGCUAUUACCUUCAAGGCUAAUCAUAAUCUUGACAGAAAGUAUGUAGUUUUUGGAAAGCUUGUGCAAGGAUAUGAAAUGCUGAAGAAAAUUGAAAAUGUUGGUGAUGAAGAAGGAAUUCCAACAGUAACAGUGAAAAUAGUUAAUUGUGGUGAAGUCAGUGAAGAGAAACGGAAAAAUAAGGUGAAAAUCGGGAAAGAUGCUUCUGAUGUUGUCAAUUAUGAAGCGAGAAGGAAAGGGAAGCAUAAGAAAUCUUCAAGAGACAUACGGAAGAGGAGAAAAAGAUAUUAUUCAUCUGAUUCAGAAAGUUCUUUGGAUUCUGAGACAGAAUCACCAGAUUCUGAUAGUGAUUCUGAGUCGUAUCUUUCAUCAUCCUCUGAGUCUGACAUUAAUUCUUCAAGUGAUGACUGGCGCAAAAAGAGGAAGAGAUCUUAUAAACGAGAAAAAUAUAGGCAUGGAAAAAGAAGAGAUAGACGCCAUGAUAAAAAGAGAAAAAGACAUGAUAAGAUAUCGAAACGCAGAUCAAAAAGGGCUACGGAUAGUCUUACUGAUAAUGACAGUGAGAGUAAAACGGAUAGUAGCACUGAUAACAGUGCUGAUUCUCGAAGAAAAUUUCAGAAGGAUAAAGACCUUUCUGAGAAAAGUGCUGGGACUCAAUCCCCCUCAGCUGUAGAGAGAGAAUUUCGACACGGAAAAAGGGAAGAGGCUGAUUUGUGCAUAAAGGAGCAUGAUGCUUCCAAUGAAAAUGGAGAGCGGCAGAGUAAUGGCAAUGAAAAAGAUGCUAAAUCUGACAGAAGUGCAGAGAGAGAACCUGAUGUGGUAGAUGAUCAUCCAAGCAAAUCUAGGAGCCAAAGCAUGAGUCCUAAGAGGAGCAUUCGAAAGAGUGUUAGUCCCAGGAGACCAAGCUGCAGCCCAAGUCCUAGCCCAAGGCGAAGUGUGAGCAGGAGUCCCCCACGUUUUCCAGAAAGAAAUGGAAGUGGAAGUGCUGUUAGAAGCCUUAGUAAAAGCCCUUUGAGGGGUAGAAUGAGUAGAAACAUCGAUAGGAGUCCAGUGAGAGCACGUUCUCAAAGAAGCCCAAGUAGGAGCCCACCCAGAUCAUCAGCAGGAGCACGUUUUCAGAGAAACGUCAGCAGAAGUCCUGUAAGAUCUUCGAGAAGAAGCAUCAGCAGAAGUCCUGUAAGAUCUUCGAGGCGGAGCAUCAGCAGAAGUCCUGUAAGAUCUUCGAGGUGUAGCAUCAGCAGAAGUCCUGUAAGAUCCUCUCAUAGAAGCAAAAGUAGGAGCUCAGGAAGGGUUGCACCUAGGAGAAGCCCAAACAAAAGUCCGUUGAGGGAAACCAGUAGGAAGUAUCGCAGUAAUUGUUCGAGGAGUCCCACCCCGGUCCGAAGGGUAAGGUCCUCUCCUGCUGAUCGAAGUCGAAGUUUAUCAAGAGGUGUUUCACCUGAUGCAUCACCUAAGCGCAUCAGAAGGGGCCGGGGUUUCAGUGAGCGCUACUCCUAUGCACGGAGAUACAGAACCCCCUCUCCAGAUCGUUCCCCUGUGAGGUCCUAUCGUUACAGUGGUAGAUUUGAUAAUGAGAGGAGGUAUUCACCUCGGCGUUAUAAAAGCCCUCCAAGAGGAGUUCCUUCAAGGUUCAGAGGCAGAAGAAACAGGACACGAAGUCCAUCUGUGUCACCUAGCCCUCGAUACUGUAAUCGUCGAUAUAGCCGUAGCCCUAGUCGCAGUCGAAGCCCUGUUCGCAGCCGCUCUACAUUUGAUGCAACCAGAUCUCGUGCCUCUCCAAGGGCUGGUAGGAGAAGGUCCCCAUCUCAGACCAGGAGCCGAUCCGAAUCAAGGUCCUCAUUGGACUCUCAGUCUCCGAAGCAGGCAAGCAAAGCAAGGUCGAGGUCAUCUUCCGGAAGUCCAGAUGGUAAAAAGGGCCUGGUCUGUUAUGAUGAUGGCUCACCUGACUCGGGAAGGUGAAUAGGGUUUUUUCAUUUCAGAGCCGUUCUUCUCUUCCUGCACUGCACUAUGUGGUCUUACCAAACUGUUGUUUCUGGUUUGUUGUGUUGUUGCUAGACGUUGUGUUCAGUAUCUAAAUAUCGGAUUUUAGCAUUUUUAACUCACUUGGCUUGCGUUUAGGAUUUUUUUUAUUAUAAAUAAUUACUC